ACAAACGUUUCUCAUUUACUCCCAUACCUCACAAAAUGCAAGGCCAAAUGACAGGUGUCUAUGUACUGUUAUAUGUUUUUGGCGGAUCCUUACCUUUAGUUAGAUCCGCACUAUUACCUGGCUCGACACCUUCCUCCCCUAACCCGGCCCUUCAGAAAUGUAUGGCCAGGGCUGGAUACUACAACAUUACAGACACACCCACAAGCUUUAACAAUCCUUUUGCUAAGGCUUUACAAAAAUGGUGCAGCGUCUAUAAAGACGUGGUACUAUGUGCUGAGAAAGCUAUAAAGACCAACGUCCUGUCAAGCCCGGCUGAUUGGUUCUUCUCAAUGAUUUUUAAUUCCUCGAUAGCCAAUGAAACAUCUAAUAUCAUGUGCCAGAAACUCAACAAAUUUGGAAAAAAAUUGUCUUGCAUGAGGCGAGUCCAGGAAACUCGAGCAUUAAGAUGUGUGGAUGCCUUGACAAGACCUAUAAAGAAGGCAAUGAUGAAGAUCUACAGCGGGAACAUCACCUCUAUGGCGUCUCUUGCACAAAAAGGUUCUUGUCUCAUAUCUGUGGCAACAGCGACAUGUUUUCGAGAGAAAGUCAACUCCUGUAGAAGCUAUCUCAGAGAUUAUAUUGGAGCCUACAAUCUAAUUCUUGGAGGAAAAUGUCUGGCCAUUCUCCAAUCUCGGGACAGAAACCAACAGAAAACUAACGUUACAGUGGUCAAACAGUCGCCAGAACAGGAAUGGAUGUCCACCAUCCAAUCACUGCUGAAUGAGAACGACCGGAUCAGCCUAUAUCCGGGUAUCAACAGAGACAUCAAAGACACAGAGGCUGAAAUUAAAAUUAUUCCAGAUUUAACAUCAGAGAAGCCCGAGGAACAAACCACGACUUCCGGUUCUCCUUUAUUGUAUCCUAAUAUUCCUCUUAUAAAUAUUCAAACUACCAGGAAUCCCUCGGAUAUGUUGGAGAGAAAUGAAUCUACGUGGACAUCAUUGAAUGUUUCAGAAAAAGAUAUCGCAAUUCGAAAUUCGUCUGAGCAGACUCCUAGAAAUAUACAGCAGAACUUUGAAUCAGAAUAUGAUGUAGACACUUAUACAGAGUUUGGUGCAACAACAGGCAAGGUCGUUACAGAUGAUGAUGCGCUGUUAGCAGACGACAAGUCGGGUGGAGGCAAUGUCGUUUUUCCCAGCUUCAGUACCCUGGUUCUUGUUAUAAUAGCAAUUUUUAUCGUUUACUGGUAGUAUUGAUAUUUUAUUUUUUUAAAAACUGUUUUUAUCUCUGUUCAUUACUUAUGAUGUUUUACCCUUUUUUCUUUUUUGAAAAUUCCUUAUUAAAGAUUUAUAGUUCAAUAUUUCGUAUGGUGUCACAAGUUUCACGUUUAUUCAAUGUUUAAGAAUUAUAGCUUACAAUGUAUAUUUUUGUGUUUUAUUUACCAGUAAUUGUAAAAAGAAAUGAUAGCUGUUGGGAAUUUUUCAGAGAAAAAUUGUUUGUAGAGAGACAAAUAUUAUUCAGCAUGAAGAGACUCUCGAAUCGGAAAAAUUUUGUCAUGAAUUUAAUUUAGUUCUGAACCAAUUCUAAAUUUUCAGAAAUUUUUUGAUCAUUAUGUUAUGUACAGUGUAUACAAAUACAUACAUUGUACAUGUAUAUCUAGGAGACGAAACAGUUUUUCUACAUGACUAUUUUACGUCGCUAUUUUUGAACAGAAAAUUGUCCAUCCGAAAAGUGCUCGUUUGUUGCAUUUUUCUUUCAUCCUAUUUACAUAUUGCUUUUAUUAUUUCAAAAUCAUUAGUGCAAUACUUUUUGAUAUGAUUACUGAUGUCCUGUUUAAGUUGGCAGAAUCUCAGGCAUUUUCAAGAGGAAAUUAAUUCUAUAGUAUUUAUUACAUGUAGUAUUUAUUAACAACUACCAUUUUUUAUUUUACUUUUUUGUAUGUUUUAUUGUUAAGUUAAAAUGAAGUUCAUAAGAUAUGGCAGCAUUUCAUAGUUCACAGAAAUGGUAAAGACGUUUAUUGAAACCUGUUCUCUACCUUCUACAUGCUUAGCCAUUAACUAUUGUGCAAGUGUGUAGGGAACGCCUUUUGAUAGUAUUACAUGUCCCUUUAUUUGCAUGCCACAGCAGAAGGUUAACGAGCUAUAAUUACUUUUUACUAUUUUCUAGUUGUUUAUGAAAAGAUGAUGUAUACAAGUUUCAUGUUUUUGUAAACUUCUAUUUUAUAAAUUACUUCAUUAUUAUCUGUGGCAUUUUACAAAUGGUGUGGUUAAAUUUGCAAAUACAAUGUGCAAAUGUACAAUGUGC